UUUUAAUUUUCAGUAUGCUUAGCUGGGCCACACGAAAAACGUUUACUAAAUCAUUUACUAGAAGGAUAUCAAUCACUGGAACGUCCAGUAGUUAACGAAUCAGAUCCUUUACAAUUAAGUUUCGGUUUAACGUUAAUGCAAAUUAUAGAUGUGGAUGAAAAAAAUCAACUUCUUAUAACGAAUAUCUGGUUGAAAUUGGAAUGGAAUGAUAUGAAUCUUCGGUGGAAUUCUAGCGAUUAUGGAGGUGUUAAAGAUUUAAGGAUACCGCCACAUCGUCUGUGGAAACCAGACGUCCUUAUGUACAACAGUGCUGAUGAAGGUUUCGAUGGAACCUAUCAAACAAAUGUUGUCGUCCGUAAUAAUGGUUCCUGUUUAUAUGUACCGCCAGGAAUAUUUAAAUCAACGUGUAAAAUUGAUAUUACAUGGUUUCCGUUCGAUGAUCAACGAUGUGAAAUGAAAUUUGGUUCAUGGACGUACGAUGGAUUUCAGUUGGACCUUCAGUUGCAGGAUGAAGCCGGUGGUGAUAUAUCAAGUUUUAUAACAAAUGGUGAAUGGGAACUUUUAGGUGUUCCUGGAAAACGUAACGAAAUUUAUUACAAUUGCUGUCCAGAGCCAUAUAUCGAUAUAACAUUUGCGAUAUUAAUUCGACGUAAAACUUUAUAUUAUUUUUUCAAUUUGAUAGUGCCAUGCGUUUUAAUAGCAUCAAUGGCUCUCCUAGGUUUUACACUGCCACCAGAUUCUGGUGAAAAGCUUUCACUGGGAGUAACCAUUUUGUUAUCUUUAACCGUCUUCCUUAAUAUGGUGGCCGAAACAAUGCCGGCCACUUCAGAUGCUGUGCCUCUAUUAGGAACCUAUUUCAACUGCAUAAUGUUUAUGGUGGCAUCCUCGGUAGUUUCAACUAUUUUAAUUCUGAAUUACCAUCACAGAAAUCCAGACACUCAUGAGAUGUCUGAAUGGAUACGGGUAGUUUUCUUAUACUGGCUUCCAUGUAUAUUACGCAUGUCAAGGCCAGGACAAGAAACUUAUGAUUGUCCGCCACCACCUUUAGGAUCAUCAGCUGAAAAAAAGCAACAAAUUCAAACAGUUGAAUUAAAAGAAAGAUCAUCAAAAUCACUUUUAGCUAACGUUUUAGACAUUGAUGAUGACUACCGAUGUAAUCAUAGAUGUGCAAGUGCAACGUUACCACAUCAGCCAACUUAUUAUCGUACAGUUUACAGACAAGGAGACGAAGGAAGUGUUGGCCCUAUAAAUGUUGAUCCAAGAAUGCAUGAAGCGAUUUCACACACUUGCCUAAGUUCAUCAGCUGAAUACGAAUUAGCUCUUAUAUUAAAAGAAUUAAGGUGGAUAACCGAUCAGCUUAAAAAAGAAGACGAAAGUAAUGACGUUACACGUGAUUGGAAAUUUGCUGCAAUGGUAGUGGACCGAUUGUGCCUUAUAAUAUUUACGUUGUUCACAAUAAUUGCAACACUUGCUGUAUUAAUUUCAGCUCCACAUUUUUUGUUCGAUUAAACAUAAAAACAGUAAAGAAAAAUAAACAUAAAGAAACAAUAAUAAUAAAAUUUAUCAAAAAAAUAAUUUAUAGAAAAUAUUUCAAUAACAAAAAAAUAUUCUAGUUCGAUUUUUCAAAUUAUAUAAUAAUAAUAAAUAUUUCUAAAAUGUGGAGAGUAAAAAAAAAUUAGUUAUCAAAUUAAAUAUUUUAAUUUUAUAAACGAAUUGACAUUUUGCGCGCUUAUUAUUAUAUGAUUACCAUACACACUUACAUACAAUGUUAAAAUGUAUACCACGAUAUCGUUAUUAACCUUAAAAAAAAACCAAACACAUGACAUCUGGCGGGAAAAUUUUGCAACAUUUAGUAAAUGGAGAAAUUAUUUAAUAACAAAAUAAUUUUAAUACAACGAUGAACAGAAUAUUACCGAUAAUAAUAAAAAAAUUAAAAAAAAAAUACUGUAAAAAUUUGAAAAAAAAAAAAAUUAAAUUGUUUUAAAAAUGUGGAAUACAUUUUUAUAUGUAUAAAUUAACGUAUAUGUAUAUAAAAAAUAUAUGUAAGAAAUUUUCACCUAUUAUUUGCAGAAAAAUGACAAGACUGAAUUGAACUUAUAAGUAUUUUUCAUAUUUUUUUUUUUGAUUUAAUAUAAUUUUUAAAAUAUUCUUAAAGCUAUUGAAUUCAGCCCUAAUUUUGUUUUUCAUUUUGAAAAAAAAAAAUAUUUAAAAUAGCGUAUGUUUUCAAAAAAAAAACUAUGUAAAAAUGUAUUAACAAAACAGGUAAAAGAUAACCUUAAAAAUAUUUUAUGUAAUUAAAAUGCAGUUACUAUUAAAUUUGAUGCCCAAAAAUAAAUAUUCAAAUACUUUCAAAAAAUUAUAACAUGUCUAAUUCUCAAAAUAAAAAACCACAUAAGUGACACGAUUAUCUUCAAAUUAGUUUAAAAUACCGAAAUUCUAUUUAUCCCAAUCCCAAAAUGCAGGUCAUUCAUAUUGUUUUGUUCAGGGUUCGGGAACUUUUUUCCAAUUCCUUUGGGGAUAUUUCAAGCUUUAUGCUUGGGAUAGAGAUAUUAUAGUCAGAAGAGUAGUGAGGCUUGAAUAACUCGCAAAUGACUGCGAUGGUAACGGUAGUAAUAUUAUUUAAAUGAUUCAUUCGCAAAUACAAAAUUUGUAUACAUUUUAUGAUGAACAACAACAUUUUACACUCUCUAUUUCUUAAUAUUGUAUUCAAAAAUAUUAGUUGUAACAUUAACUUGCAUAUAAUUUUAAUAAUUAAGAUAUUAUGUAUAGAAUACAAUUCUAAAUGUAAUUACAAAAUAUUACUGAAUCUCUUAAAAUAUUUCCAAGAUUUUGAAUAUUUCAACUAAAGAAAUCUUAAA